AGACUUCCGGAGGCUGUGGUUGUCCCUUGUUAGCUUAGAAGUUGGUGCAGUGUACGUGUGAUCCACGUCUAAAUAGCACAGCAUUGCUGUGCCUAGUGGAAGUUGGGUUAGUGCUGACAUGCUAUUGACUCACCCUCCCAAGGAUGGAAGCUCUGGCCUGGGUCAAGUUGUGGUCACUGCAGUUAACAGUUUGUUGAUCUCAGGGAGCAUUCCACAGUUGCUGAUGUAAUUGACAAUGAUUGGAGCCAGCUCUUCCCCAGAUUCAAAUGGACCGAUUAGAGGACUUGUUGGUUCCGUUUAUCAACCAUGUACCCACUGAUGGCAAUGCUGGCCUGCUGGCUGAACCCCAGAUCGCCAUGUUCUGUGGCAGACUGAACAUGCACAUGAAUGUCCAGAAUGGGAAGUGGGAUUCAGAUCCAUCAGGGACCAAAACCUGCAUUGAUACCAAGGAAGGCAUCCUGCAGUAUUGCCAAGAAGUCUACCCUGAACUGCAGAUCACCAAUGUGGUAGAAGCCAACCAACCAGUGACCAUCCAGAACUGGUGCAAGCGGGGCCGCAAGCAGUGCAAGACCCAUCCCCACUUUGUGAUUCCCUACCGCUGCUUAGUUGGUGAGUUUGUAAGCGAUGCCCUUCUCGUUCCUGACAAGUGCAAAUUCUUACACCAGGAGAGGAUGGAUGUUUGCGAAACUCAUCUUCACUGGCACACCGUCGCCAAAGAGACGUGCAGUGAGAAGAGCACCAACUUGCAUGACUACGGCAUGUUGCUGCCCUGCGGAAUCGAUAAGUUCCGAGGGGUAGAGUUUGUGUGUUGCCCACUGGCUGAGGAAAGUGACAAUGUGGAUUCUGCUGAUGCGGAGGAGGAUGACUCGGAUGUCUGGUGGGGCGGAGCAGACACAGACUAUGCAGACGGGAGUGAAGACAAAGUAGUAGAAGUAGCAGAGGAGGAAGAAGUGGCCGAGGUGGAAGAAGAAGAAGCCGAUGAUGACGAGGACGAUGAGGAUGGUGAUGAGGUAGAGGAAGAGGCUGAGGAACCCUACGAAGAAGCCACAGAGAGAACCACCAGCAUCGCCACCACCACCACCACCACCACGGAGUCUGUGGAAGAGGUGGUUCGAGAGGUGUGCUCUGAACAAGCGGAGACGGGGCCAUGCCGAGCAAUGAUCUCCCGCUGGUACUUUGAUGUGACUGAAGGGAAGUGUGCCCCAUUCUUUUACGGCGGAUGUGGCGGCAACCGGAACAACUUUGACACAGAAGAGUACUGCAUGGCCGUGUGUGGCAGCGUCAUGUCCCAAAGUUUACGCAAGACUACCCGGGAACCUCUUACCCGAGAUCCUGUUAAACUUCCUACAACAGCAGCCAGUACCCCUGAUGCCGUUGACAAGUACCUUGAGACACCUGGGGAUGAGAAUGAACACGCCCAUUUCCAGAAAGCCAAAGAGAGACUUGAGGCCAAGCACCGAGAGAGAAUGUCCCAGGUCAUGAGAGAAUGGGAAGAGGCAGAACGUCAGGCAAAGAACUUGCCUAAAGCUGAUAAGAAGGCAGUUAUCCAGCAUUUCCAGGAGAAAGUGGAAUCUUUGGAACAGGAAGCAGCCAACGAGAGACAGCAGCUGGUGGAGACACACAUGGCCAGAGUGGAAGCCAUGCUCAAUGACCGCCGCCGCCUGGCCCUGGAGAACUACAUCACCGCUCUGCAGGCCGUUCCUCCUCGGCCUCGUCACGUGUUCAAUAUGCUGAAGAAGUACGUCCGCGCAGAACAGAAGGACAGACAGCACACCCUAAAGCAUUUCGAGCAUGUACGCAUGGUGGAUCCCAAGAAAGCUGCUCAGAUCCGGUCCCAGGUUAUGACACACCUCCGUGUGAUUUACGAGCGCAUGAAUCAGUCUCUCUCCCUGCUCUACAACGUGCCUGCAGUGGCCGAGGAGAUUCAGGAUGAAGUUGAUGAGCUGCUUCAGAAAGAGCAAAACUAUUCAGAUGACGUCUUGGCCAACAUGAUUAGUGAACCAAGGAUCAGUUACGGAAACGAUGCUCUCAUGCCGUCUUUGACGGAAACGAAAACUACCGUGGAGCUUCUUCCCGUGAAUGGAGAGUUCAGCCUGGACGAUCUCCAGCCGUGGCAUUCUUUCGGGGCUGACUCUGUGCCAGCCAACACAGAAAACGAAGUUGAGCCUGUUGAUGCCCGCCCUGCUGCCGACCGAGGACUGACCACUCGACCAGGUUCUGGGUUGACAAAUAUCAAGACAGAGGAGAUCUCUGAAGUGAAGAUGGAUGCAGAAUUCCGACAUGACUCAGGUUAUGAAGUUCAUCAUCAAAAAUUGGUGUUCUUUGCCGAAGAUGUGGGUUCAAACAAAGGUGCAAUCAUUGGUCUCAUGGUGGGCGGUGUUGUCAUAGCAACAGUGAUCGUCAUCACCUUGGUGAUGCUGAAGAAGAAACAGUACACGUCCAUUCAUCAUGGUGUGGUGGAGGUUGACGCCGCUGUCACCCCAGAGGAGCGCCACCUGUCCAAGAUGCAGCAGAACGGCUAUGAAAAUCCAACCUACAAGUUCUUUGAGCAGAUGCAGAACUAGACCCCCGCCACAGCAGCCUCUGAAGUUGGACAGCAAAACCAUUGCUUCACUACCCAUCGGUGUCCAUUUAUAGAAUACUGUCGGAAGAAACAAACCCCUCUGUUUUAUGAUUUACUCAUUAUCGCCUUUUGACAGCUGUGCUGUAACACAAGUAGAUGCCUGAACUUGAAUUAAUCCACAAAUCAGUAAUGUAUUCUCUCUCUCUUUACAUUUUGGUCUCUACACUACAUUAUUAAUGGGUUUUGUGUACUGUAAAGAAUUUAGCUGUAUCAAACUAGUGCAUGAAUAGAUUCUCUCCUGAUUAUUUAUCACAUAGCCCCUUAGCCAGUUGUAUAUUAUUCUUGUGGUUUGUGACCCAAUUAAGUCCUACUUUACAUAUGCUUUAAGAAUCGAUGGGGGAUGCUUCAUGUGAACGUGGGAGUUUAGCUGCUUCUCUUGCCUAAGUAUUCCUUUCCUGAUCACUAUGCAUUUUAAAGUUAAACAUUUUUAAGUAUUUCAGAUGCUUUAGAGAGAUUUUUUUCCACGAUUGCAUUUUACUGUACAGAUUGCUGCUUCUGCUAUAUUUGUGAUAUAGGAAUUAAGAGGAUACACGUUUGUUUCUUUGUGCCUGUUUUAUGUGCACACAUUAGGCAUUGAGACUUCGAGCUUUUUUUUUUGUCCACGUAUCUUUGGGUCUUUGAUAAAGAAAAGAAUCCCUGUUCAUUGUAAGCACUUUUACGGGGCGGGUGGGGAGGGGUGCUCUGCUGGUCUUAAAUUACCAAGAAUUCUCCAAAAAAAAUUUCUGCAGGAUGAUUGUACAGAAUCAUUGCUUAUGACAUGAUCGCUUUCUACACUGUAUUACAUAAAUAAAUUAAAUAAAAUAACCCUGGGCAAGACUUUUCUUUGAAGGAUGACUUCAGACAUUAAACAGUCAAAGUAAUUCUUGGUGGGGAGAGAAGAGGCAGAUUCAAUUUUCUUUAACCAGUCUGAAGUUUUAUUUAUGAUACAACAGAAGAUGAAAAUGGAAGUGGCAAUAUAAGGGAAGGAGGAAGGCAUGCCUGGACAAACCCUUCUUUAAGAUGUGUCUUCAAUUUGUAUAAAAUGGUGUUUUCAUGUAAAUAAAUACAUUCUUGGAGGAGCA